AUGACAUCAACUAAAACAUCAAAGACACCUGUCACAGUUAAAGACAUUCUAUUAUAUAUUCCUAACUUGAUUGGGUAUUUUAGAAUAAUAACUGGUAUCAUUUCAUUCUUGUGUAUGAAAAAUCAUCCAGUUUUAACAUCAAUUUUUUAUGGUAUCUCUGGAUUUUUAGAUGCAUUUGAUGGAUACGCUGCCAGAAAAUAUAAUCAAGGUACUAGAUUUGGGGCUGUGUUGGAUAUGGUCACUGAUAGAUGUGCCACUAGUUCUUUAAUUGUUUAUAUUGGUGUUUUAUAUCCUCAAUAUACUGUCAUGUGGCAAAUACUAGUCAGUUUAGAUUUGGCUUCUCAUUAUAUGCACAUGUAUGCUAUGUUAUCUGCUGGUUCAACUUCACAUAAAAAUGUUGAUGAAACUCAAUCAAAAUUAUUAUCUUUAUAUUAUACAAAUAGAACCGUUUUGUUUGUUGUUUGUCUUGUCAAUGAAUUAUUUUACAUGGCUGUUUACUUGCAUUACUAUGGUUACUUCUGGAUGGGUACUUUAAUGGGUGUUUUAAGUGCUCCAAUUUGGUUAUUUAAACAAGUUGCAAAUGUCAUUCAAUUGAAAAAUGCUUCAUUGAUUUUGGCCAGAAUGGACGCUGAAGAACAUAGCAAAAGAGAUUAA